GAGACGGCUGAGCCCGCGGAAGGCGGCGGCGGCACCUGCGAGCGGAGGCUGAGACAGGGCAUGGCGGCGCCGUCGGCUCUGUGAGGGCAGAGCGGCCGCGGGGGCCCGCCAUGCGCCGGCGGCCCUGACAUGGGCGCCAGCGGCUCCAAAGCUCGGGGCCUGUGGCCCUUCGCCUCAGCGGCAGGGGGCAGUGGCUCAGAGGCGCCUGGCGCGGCGGGUGCUGAUCAAGCUUUGAUGCGGUCGCGAGGCCGAGCGGUGCCCCCCUUCGUCUUCACGCGCCGCGGCUCCAUGUUCUAUGACGAAGAUGGGGAUCUGGCUCACGAGUUCUAUGAAGAGACAGUCGUCACCAAGAAUGGGCAGAAGCGGGCCAAGCUGAGGCGGGUGCAUAAGAACCUUAUUCCUCAGGGCAUCGUGAAGCUGGAUACGCCCCGCAUCCAUGUGGAUUUCCCUGUGAUCCUCUAUGAAGUGUGAGCCUGGGGGGAGUCAGGCACAAGCGCCCCCUGCCGCAGCAAGAAAUUCCCAGGCUCAAGGUGUGGCUUCCCUUGAGGAACUCAGGCUGGGGCCACAACCCUGAAUAAACUCCGUUGGCCUGGAACCUUCAGCUGUGAGCAGGGCAGUCCUUCAGUGUUGGUUUGUGUAUGGACAAGAAGCAGGACAGAACUACCCUGGUCAGGAAUGCCUGAUUCUUGUGCCCUUGCCUGGCCUGCUUUCUUCCAAGCUUGCCUGGGGCCCAGCCCUGGUUGAGGCUAUAGCACUUUACAAGUAAGGUCUGCCUUCUUCCAGCCCCUGGGCUGUGGGGGCUAUACACAAGUGGGAACUUCCUUUCCUUCACUUUCCUUGUCCCCUUGUUGGAGGAUUUCAGCCGUUUGCUACCUCGAUUCCUCCUGUGUUGGACAGAGGCUGGGGGCAAUGCCAGCCUGAUGCCUAUGCAUCUGUUCCUACUCCCAGAUGGAUGAACACUUUGCUGGCAGUUGAUAGUAGAGGGGACUGGUGUGGGAGGCUUCUCCUUCCACCCAGGGCUGGGCUGACCUCUUCCCACUGCAACUGGUUGUUGCAUUGGUUCCCCAGUUAAGAGGGUGCAGACCAGGUCAGGAAGAGGUGUGGAUGUCUGUGCCUACAGGGAAUUGCCCCAACCCACCUACUCUGUCUAACCCCCUUUGCCUUUGCACCCCCCCCCCAGGGGACCAUCCACCACCCUGUGAUAAUGGACAGCACCCCAGGGCUGGUCGCAGUAGCUCUGAGGUGCCCAGCAACCCUCAUCCUAUAGUAUCCCCACCCCUUCAGGAUCAGUCAAGGGAAAGUACUGGAGCCCUUGCCUUUUGUGCCCUAAGUAGGGACAGAAAGGAGGGAACAAUAAUAAAAGGAAGACUUAAAAUGUGAAGGUUUGUAAAUAGUCUAGUCCAUGAUGUUGUUGGGGCAGACUCUGAUUUCUAUGUAAGAUGGCCUUUUUUUUUUUUUUUUUUUAAAUUCCUUUACUGUGCAAGCUGUGUGCUUCUAGAAUGUGGGAAAAUGGCUAGGGGAGGGUGGUCCCCAGCCUAGGAAGGCUGCUGUGUUAUUUGUUAAAUUUCAAUAAAAGUAUUUGUAGAUCCUGCACACAAGAGUGACAUCCUAUGGGGCUGAGCCCAGACUGCAGCCAGCAGGUGGCAGUGUGCACACGGACCUUGCUGCAGGGUUGGGGUGGAUAGAGGUGGGACUCAGGAUGGAGGCUCAUUGUGUUCAGAGUGGUGGGGAU